CAAAGGACUCCAAAAGAAAAGGAGUCGAGUCGCGAUUAAGGGCUGACGUACUUUAUUCGAGGGGAGGUGUUGGAUGAUGAAAGUCUCACAUUGCUAAUUUAGGGAAUGAUUAUGGGAGAGUCGUGUUCGUCUAACAAGGAAGAUGAUGAAUAUAAGAAUGAAGUCAAUAUAUUCAUAACACGGACGAAGAUACUAAGACAUUUGUCGAGUUUGACAACUUGUAUUAGGGUCAUGUUCGAGAUUUUAACGAUAUAAAAUGAAAUUCUUAUAAAAUAGUGUGAAUAUUGAGAACGAGGUAGGUGAAAAAUCGAAAUCCGAUAAUACAAAUUUAUAAUUUUAUUUUAAGAAAUCCACGAUUUUUAUACAACUGCUACAUAACCAAAAAAAGAAAAAAGAAAAAAAAAGCAAUUUGUUGUUGCAUGGAAGAUCAAAUGGCCUAUUGCGAGAGAGUUUUCAGUGCCUUACAAUCCCAAGCGAAGGAACGAGCGCUACUCAUUCCACGCCACCGCGCGCACCUUUGGGCCUCAAACUGCCAACACAGUGUGCAAGCCCGCAGAAAAGAAAGGCAGCAGAGAUGCUGAGCAGAGCAGCGACAGCGGCUUCUCAUUCCCUCAUUGUUGCUUCUUCCAGAAAUGCAUCCAAAUCCUUCGUCAAUUUGAACUGCAACAUCCCCCGAUUCUUGGGUUUCAAGCAGCUUUCACGCAGUCUAUACGGUUGUUCCUGUUCCUGUUCUGGGUCUCUGAGUUUCCGAUGGAAUAGUAGCAGUAAGAGGAAGUUCAAUAGAUCUAGAAUGGAGGGCUUCGCUGUUCGUGCUUCAGCUCAGCCACUCAAGAACGCCGAUGAACUCAUUGAUUCUGUGGAGACAUUUAUUUUCGACUGCGAUGGGGUUAUAUGGAAAGGAGACAAACUCAUAGAUGGCGUUCCAGAAACGCUUGAUAUGCUUCGAUCAAAGGGGAAGCGAUUAGUUUUCGUUACCAACAAUUCGACGAAGUCGAGGAAGCAGUAUGGCAAAAAGUUUGAGACACUUGGUCUUAGUGUCACUGAGGAAGAAAUUUUUGCAUCAUCUUUUGCUGCCGCGGCAUACUUGAAGUCCAUUGAUUUCCCAAAAGAGAAGAAGGUUUAUGUGAUUGGUGAGGAUGGCAUCUUGAAAGAGCUUGAACUCGCUGGAUAUCGGUACCUCGGUGGACCGGAUGAUGGUGGGAAGAAGAUAGAACUAAAGCCAGGCUUUCUGAUGGAGCACGAUAAGGAUGUGGGAGCCGUAGUGGUCGGAUUUGAUCGAUACUUCAACUACUACAAAGUUCAGUAUGGAACACUCUGCAUACGGGAAAACCCGGGCUGCCUCUUCAUUGCAACUAACCGUGAUGCUGUCACGCAUCUAACAGAUGCACAGGAGUGGGCAGGUGGUGGUUCAAUGGUUGGUGCUCUUUGCGGAUCAACCCAACGUGAGCCAUUGGUUGUUGGGAAGCCCUCAACUUUCAUGAUGGACUACUUAGCAAACAAGUUUGGGAUUGAGAAGUCACAAAUAUGCAUGGUUGGAGAUAGAUUAGAUACUGAUAUUCUGUUUGGACAGAACGGUGGUUGCAAGACUCUUCUUGUUUUAUCAGGUGUUACAAGCUUGUCAACACUUCAAAGUCCCAAGAACUCAAUACAACCAGAUUUCUACACCAACAAGAUUUCAGAUUUCCUUUCCCUCAAAGCUGCCACUGUAUGAGUUCUUCGAAAAGACCCGAACGUCGAACGUCGAAUGUCGAAAAGACCCGAGUUUAAACUUUGAGCUCUAUUAGCCAAAUUGAAUGAAUUUGUUCUUUUUAUUUUGUGUAACUUCUUGAAAUAUACGUGUUGGAAGGUAGCUCAUUUUUUAAGAAACGUCUUUUUUGUAUAAAGUUUUUUUUUUCAUGUUCAUACA